AUGGAGGGGAUCAUAUCCGUAGGAGAAAAGCAUUUUAUGCAAGGCUCAAUUGCUCAAGCUUUGCGUACUGAUGGUCGUACAAGCUUAACUUACCGACCCAUAACGGUCGAAGCUGGAGUCAUUCCUCAAGCAAAUGGUUCAGCAAGAGUUAAGAUGGGUAGAACAGAAGUCAUAGCUAGCAUAAAGGCCGAGCUAGGGAAACCACGAUCUUCGGCACCCGACAAAGGCAACGUUUUUUUCUUGAUUGAUUGCAGUCCCACGGCAGCGUCUGAGUUUAAGCGGAGAGGUGGUCAAGAACUGUCAACUGAACUCUCUGCAGCUCUCAGACGAUGUCUUGUAAGAGGUAACGCUGUAGCAGGAUCUGGAAUUAAUCUUUCAUCUCUGACAAUUGUGGAUGGGAAGGUCUGUUGGGAUCUAUAUAUUAAUGGUCUUGCGAUUAAUAUGGAUGGGGAUUUACUUGAUGCCUUAGGUGCUGCCAUCAGGGCUGCUUUUACCAAUACACGUAUUCCAAAAGUCAAUGUUGUUGCGGUUGCCUCCUCUGAUGAACAGACAGUGGUGGACGUGAGUGAUGAAGAGUUUCUACAAUUCGACAUCACUGAGGUUCCUGUUAUUGUUACUUUCACUAAGGUCGGAAGGCAUUAUAUUGUAGAUGCAACUUCAGAAGAGGAAUCACAAAUGAGCUCUGAUGUCUCUGUUUCGAUCAACAGGCUAGGAUUGAUAUGUGGGGUGAGUAAAAGAGGGGGAUGGGGUGAAUGGUUAGAUCCAAGUGUCGUUUUUGACAUGAUAUCCGUGGCUACGAAUUUGAGUGAGCAGAUAAUGAACAAAUUGGACUCUGACAUAGCUGCAGCCAAGGCCAUGGAAGAAGACUCGUGA